AUGAAGCCCAUUCUUUCCUUUUUGCUUCUGGUCUUUGUAGCCGUGGCCGCUGCUUGGUCUAAAGAUGACUACGAGAUCUUCUCCCUUAGAGACGACGUCGCAACCUCCGAAGGUGCCAAUGUGACCUUCUACGACUUCCUCGAAAUCCCCCCCAACGCAAACCAAGACACAAUAAUCAAAGCCCACCGCAAAAAAUCCCGAACCCUACAUCCAGACAAGGUGAAGCGCACCUUCAUCGCAAACUACUCAAAAGACAAAUCCAAGUCCACAAAGGGCUCCCAACCCGGCGUCCACGUGAACAAAGGCCCCAGCAAGCGCGAAAUCGAAGCCGCCGUAAAAGAGGCAAACAUCCGCUCCGCCCGCCUGAAUCUCGUCGCCAAUGUCCUCAAGGGCCCCGGUCGCGAUCGCUACGAUCAUUUCCUAACCCAUGGUUUCCCACUCUGGAAGGGAACGGGAUACUACUACAACCGUUUUCGCCCGGGUCUGGGAUCUGUGUUGGUGGGAUUAUUCCUUGUUUUCGGUGGCGCUGCGCAUUAUGGGGCCCUGAUUCUGGGAUGGAAGAGACAGCGCGAAUUUGUUGAUCGUUAUAUUCGUCAAGCGCGACGGGCUGCUUGGGGUGAUGAACUUGGCGUUCGUGGGUUAGGUGGUCUUGACUCGAUUGGCGGUGCUACUGCUCCCGCGCCUACUUCUGCCCCUGAAUCUGGCUCCGAGCAGCAGCAGGGCGCUGUAGCUAUGAAUCGUCGCCAGAAGCGCAUGAUGGAUAAGGAGAAUCGUACCAAGGAGAAGAAAGCUCCCCGGGCCCGUCCUGCGCCUGCUUCUGCUUCAGCGUCGGGAACUUCGACCCCCACGGAAGGUGGUCCUGCUACGUCUACGGGUGAGCGGAAGCGCGUCGUUGCGGAGAACGGAAAGGUUCUCAUUGUUGACUCUAUUGGGAAUGUUUUCCUGGAAGAGGAGAAUGAGGAGGGUGAGCGGAAGGAAUUCUUGCUUGAUAUUGAUGAGAUUCAUCGGCCUGCUAUUACGGAGACGAUGGUCUUUAAGUUGCCUGUUUGGUGCUUUAAUAAGACUGUUGGUCGUGUUUUGGGUUCGGCUGAUUCCACUGUGGAAGAAGAGGAGGAGGAGGAGGUUGAUGAAGAUGCUGAGGUUUCCGCUGAGACUUCUGCUACGUCGAGGACUCGGUCCAGGAGACGUGGGAAGCGCUCGCAGCGGUCAUAG